CAGAGCACUAGUUCGAGACACCUCCAAGGACAACAAGGACCCAAGAUAUAGAGGAAAGCAAUUGUUUCCUGUGGAAUAUUGAAACGCUAUCAUCAGUUUGGAAGACAUUUCAGAAGACCCUGAUCUUCAUUUGUGAAAGACUCAACACAGAAGUUGUCAUGAAGCAGAAAUUUUGACCCAGGGAAGCAUCAAUUCUAUUUCUACUGCAACAGGAGACAGUGGCUGGUCCCAGACUCAUACAUUCAUCCCGUCACCCGUCCCAUCAAUGUCAUAUUCUGAGCCGCUGUCCUCCACUUCCCCUACCCCGACUCAAGAUUGUGAUUACAGCGAAUGGAGACCCACGUGGGUAAUCAUACCCUCAGUGUAUGUCCUGGUGUUUGUUUUGGGCUCCCUGGGAAAUGGGCUUGUCCUCUGGGCAUACCUGGACCGGCCUGAGGGUAAACCAGCUGGGAUGGCUGCCUGCACCAGGAGGAGAUUGAGCCCCAAGUUGCCUGGCUCCUCUCGUUCCCUAACUGACUUGCUCAUUGCUAGCUUGGCUGCAGCCGAUCUGGCUUUUGUGAUAACCCUGCCUUUAUGGGCCGCAUACACAGCGUUGGACUACCACUGGCCAUUUAGCAAGCCCCUUUGCCAAGUCAGCAGCUACUUAGUGGUCCUCAACAUGUAUGCCAGUGUGUUCUCGCUCACUGUCCUCAGCAUAGAGCGAUACUGGGUGAUUGCAGGCCGCCGGCGGUCCGAUAGGACUCAGGGGAGUGGAGUCUGCCGAGCAGCUUGGGUAGUGGGGAGUGUUUGGCUGGUGGCAGGCGUCCUUGCUCUGCCUGCGCUCCUUUUGAGGACUGUCAGGUUGGUGGAUGUAGGGGAGGAGUAUGAAGACGAUGAGGAAGAGGAACACACGCCCUUGUUUAUCUCUUCCUGCAUGAUGGACUACAACGGUCUGAUCUCACCUGAGCUGGGGGACGAUGACAGGAUCCGAGCAGAGCUGCUGUGGACUGCGGCUCUAGGACUUAAAUCCACCUUGGUGGGGUUUCUGUUGCCUAUGGUCACCUUACUCAUUUGUUACUGCUCCCUGGGCCGUCUCCUCAGCCGCCAUUUUGGACAGGGCCCUCGCCCCGACCGCCGACGCCAACGGCACCUUUUGCGAGUCAUCGCCACUUUAGUGCUGGCCUUCUUCCUCUGCUGGCUUCCCUUCCACGCCAACAAGACACUGUCCAUGCUGAUGGACUUGAAGAUGCUGCCCUACUCUUGCCCCUUUGAUCAGAUGCUGGUUGCGGCUCACCCCUAUGCCACUUGUCUUGGGUAUGUCAAUAGUUGCCUGAACCCCCUCCUCUAUGCCUGCUGUGAUGUUGCCUUUCGUAAGCGUUGCCGAGCCCUGCUGCAGCGGGGGGAGUGCAGGGGUUAUUGGGGGAGGCCAGAGGCAGCUACUGAGGCAGACAACAGGGAACAAGUCAGCAGGAGUUUGGUGAUUCUUUCCGGAAUACAAGGUGAAACAGGAAAUGGAAUAGGGGAUGACUCAAGGAAUGGCAGAGGCUGAGAGGGGCUGUGCUUCCUCUAUCUGAAGACAACACUAAACAGAAACAGAUAUCCUGGGAAAUUUGCAAUCCUUGCUCAUUACAAUUUUUACUGAAUCCCUCUGGAGAUGAACACACAUAAUACCUAAUGGG